AAGCGCGUCCAGGACUAGUUCAAACGACAGUUAAUGAAUAAGUUAUUUGUGAAAGCUCAUUGAAUUCGGAAGGGAAAGUGGCUCAGCGGUCAUUAACAGGAUUUCGGUUUGACUGAUUUGUAAACAAGAAGAGGGUGGCGAGAAUGGAGAGAUUUACACCUAUGGCGUUUGUCGCGGCUCAUUCGCAUUCCGUAGCUUGCGUGGAUUUAACAUUCGGGAGAGAGGGUACCAUCCUUCUUCCUUGCGACUUGCAAUAGAACCCAUUAUUAUCCUUCGCGGAGUGAGGAACCAAAAUUAUAAUAUUCAUAUAUAAUGCUUAUAAUGCCCUCCUAGUUGUUCGACUAACAUACGACUGUGAGGGAGGACACAUUAGAUCCUGUCCGAUGCGUAGAUUUUUAUUCUAAGGAGCAAUAGACCGACCAAGGAUAUCGAGUUAGUGAGCAUGUGUAUUCCGACCGGAGCAGAACUUAGAGAAAACUGAGAGUCGAGUUCAGAGGAAUGCGCGACGUUUUGGUCCCUGGGAUAGUGUGACGAAGCGUCCUCACAUUCCUAGAUAUUGUCCUGUUCAGGAAAGUUUGUAGUGGAGUGUUUGGCGAGAUAUUUGCUUGGCGCGUUUUCUGAAAUGUUUCCCAUAAGUACAGUGGGUUGAGUUGUGAGUGAAUGGAUGUUCUGUAGACCUUAAUUUGCUGCAUGAAAUACUUUUCACAAUAAGACACGAGAGAGGUAGGUGAACUAUGGGAUGUACAGAAAGUUCACAAGAGACCCGCGUUAAUCCCGAAAACGGAAAUGAAAAUUCCAAUGAGGGUGAUCUUCAGGAAUCCAACCCGGUGAUAAAUGCAAACAGGACAUGUACCGACAUUCACUUUCUGAUUUUAAUUGUAGCUUUUGUCGUCGUCCUAGUUGGGUUAUUGGCAUAUUGCGUGGUCAACGGGGACAUAUAUCGUGUAACUAAUGGUUUCGAUGAUUGCGGGAAUAUUUGUGGUCGAAAAAAUACACGCUAUGAUUUCCUUGGAUGUUCGGGUGCUGACAAAACAAAUGAGAAAUAUUUGCUCGUAAGUCCGUCGACAAGUCUUACCAGUCCGGCUUCGGUUUAUCGAAUAUGUGUGGAGUCCUGUAGCGAGCGAGCUUCAUACGGGGAGUUCUUAAACCGUUGUCUUCCCAUACGCAACACCGAUUCAGGUUCCAAGAAAUCGUUUUUCUCGAAGACUGGAAUACAGGACUUCUUCCAGGAAGUUUCAGAGGACCUGGAAUCAUGUUGGUUGGAAAUAGUGUAUCUGUGCAUACUCUCGUUUGUUGCAUCCAUCCUGAUUAUGUUUGCAUUCCGAUUCUUUGCUGGGUUUUUGGUAUGGCUAGUCCUCAUUGGAAUAAUAAUCGCUUUAUUGUGUGGAACAAUUUUCCUAUGGAUCUUAUACGCGAACUCCGGACAAGAAACCGAUAAUCUCGAAGUACCUGAAGAAAGAAACAGAACAUAUUUAAUCCUGGCAAUCAUUGUUACUGUUGCACUGGUUUGCAUUUCACUAAUAAUCCUUGCAUUGAGAGACCGCAUCAAAUUAGUGAUCCAACUAUUCAAGGAAGCUGGAAAAGCAUUGAUUAGUAUGCCGGCUUUAUUAUUUGAGCCUCUUCUGACAUUUGGUGCAUUGGCAUUUUUUGCUUGUUUGUGGUUCUAUUUUGCAAUUUAUGUGGAAAGUUCUGGUCAUAUAACGGUGGAGGGUAAUGAAAGUAUCAAAUUCGUAAAGGAUAGUACAAUGAAGGUAACGCGGUGGUACAAUUUGCUGGCGCUGUUUUGGUUUGUAAACUUCGUUAUAGGAUGUCAGCACAUGGUCAUCGCGGGAGCAGUGUCUAUGUGGUUCUUUACAAGAAACAAGGCCAAAUUGUCACUACCAGUUGCAAGAAGUUUUCAGAAUUUGAUACGAUUCCACCUGGGCACAGUAGCUAAAGGAUCCUUUUUCAUUGCUUUAGUCAAUCUCAUACGAGCCAUCCUGAAAUAUUGUUCGGAUUACCUCCAUGAACCCACAAACAGCGUCACAAAAGCACUGAAUAAGGCGUGUCAGUGUUGUUUAUAUGUAUUCGAAAAGUUCCUUCAAUACUUGACUAGAAAUGCUUACAUUGAAACAGCAAUGGCUGGAUAUAGUUUCUGCAACGCCGGGAAGAGAGCUUUCAAUAUUCUUUCGAGUAACGCACUUCGGGUUUUUGCUAUAAAUUCCAUUGGUGAUUUCGUCCUUUUGUUGGGCAAAGGUUUGGUUGUUCUUAUCACAGUUAUAGUGGGAAUUGAGCUCAUUCAGAGAAAAGAAGGCAUUCACCACAACUGGGUACCGCUUGCAAUAGCUGGUCUGUUUGCUUAUUUGGUGGCACAUUGUUUUAUAUCUGUGUUUGAGAUGAUAAUUGACACGAUCUUCAUAUGCUUUUGUGAGGAUUGCGAGCAAAAUGAUGGAAUUAAUAGGCCGUAUUUCAUGUCAAGGGGCUUAAUGGAGUUCAUACAAAACUCAAAGAAAGCAAUGCACAUUGAUGAGAAACGAGGUGACAAGGCAUGGAGCGUGGAACCAGAGACAGCGACGGUAGAUGUGUAAUCUUUCAACUUUUAUCUUUUACUUCCUUUAAAUAGCUUUUAUAUGUGAUUUUUCGAUUGUGAAACGUUUUUUGAAUAAUACAUUCAAGGGAUUUGUUUAGUAUAAAUGU